ACCGAAAAUUUACCGUAACCCUAAUUGCCAAUAACGAAAUAUAACGGAAAUGCUGAUUUAGAAGACGAAUACAGGAUUAAAAUCAGAAUGCAUCAUGAAAAAUGUGUUCUCAUUUGGUAGUUCCUUCCGUGUUUGUCUGCCAUGUGAUUUGCAGCUCUACAAGACAAAACUUGGCGAUCCUCUGCGGUUGAGUAGGCGCUUGAGUGUCAUUGCAGGUGUAGUCCUUGCCAUUUCACAGUCAUUUGUUUACCUGGCAUUUGCGCUUGUGGUAUGGUAUGGGUUGAGGCAGUUGGACGGUGACAGCAAACCGUUGCGAGAUGUUGUCGCCAUCAUCCUUGUGUUUGGCUUUGGCAGCUAUUCGAUCGCAGAGGCGAUAGUCCUUGCACCGCACAUGGGAAAAGCGGUCCGAUCGAUGAGGGCUGUUUUCAAGAUCGUGGACAAUGCUCAAAUUUGUGGAGGAAAUGGUGACGUGAAGCUUGAAGGCGUUGCUUCCAUCUCCAUCAAGUUUGAAAAAGUGGUGUUCUCCUACCCCAUGAAGUCUGAUGUUUUUGUGCUUCGUGGGAUGUCGUGCACUGUUGAUCCAAACACUGUUGUUGUUGUCCUUGGCCCUGUGGGAUGCGGGAAGACGACAUUGCUUUUGCUAUUGUUGAAAUUUUGGGAGCCCAUGAGCGGACGGAUUCUUCUCAAUGAGUGCAGCAUACAGACAUUGAACUCACGUUGGCUACGGGAUCAGCUUGGUUGGCUUAGCACAGAGCCCGUCAUGCUUGAGAAAAGCUUCAAGGACAACAUCAAAUUCGCUAUUGAAGAUGCGACUGAUGACGAUAUUGUGGCAGCCGCACGGCUCACAAAUGUGCACGACCUCAUUGACAGCUACCCUAUGAAAUAUGAUACACAGAACAUCUCGAGCUGUAGCUUGGAGUUCCGCACGGGUCAACCAACGGUCAACUUUGUGGGUUCAGUACGCAAAGUGUACCAAGUAUUCGGUCGGCCUGUUGCCGUAGCGUCGUUGGGAGAUGAUGUCGCCGACCUCUUGAAAAUCGUCUAUAGAGGGUGGGUCUUGCGAUCGUCGCCUGGGAAAAUCGUCAUGUUCCGCUGGCGUGUAAGGAGCCAACUUGGAGCAAUGAAAGACCAGGUAGACGGGCAAGUGGGCGGGCACCUGAAUGGUGAAGGAAGGUCCUUCGGGUGCAUCCCCAGUGGGCGCCACAAUCGGCCAGGGUCCCAUCCAUUUUGGGAGGAUCUUGCGAGCGAUAUCUUGUUCGAGGCUGAACUCCGCGGCGGAAACCCAAACGAGAUCGCCGACGCUGAAUGGGCAAGGAAGACGCUGGCGAUUGGCCUGUUGGCUCAUGCGUUGUUGCGUCUUAGCCAUCUGGUCGCAUGCCUUGACAAGUAGCUCUUGCAUCCGACGCAAGAAAAGAAGAUGGUCGUCGCUCUCGGUCGCUCGUGGAAUGAUUGUGUCCAACGGGGAAGUGACCGGCGAG